ACAGAGCACACUUUUUCUUUGGAUGGUGAGCAACCCUAUGAUAGCUCUGGCCCAGAGCUGCUGUCCGUCAUGCCAUCAGAAAACACUCCCCUUAAUGGGCAAGGCGGCGACAUGGAGGAAUGGCAUACCAGAUUCAGAGCCUUCAGCGGCUCAGACUGUUCAGACCCCAUCCAGGAUCUGCGGACACUUGUCGAGCUGUGUCACAGAUGGCUGAGGCCAGAUCUCCACACGAAGGAGCAGAUCAUGGACCUGCUGGUGCUGGAACAGUUCAUGAUCUCCAUGCCCCAGGACCUCCAGGUCUUAGUCAAGGAAAGCGGCGUGAGGAGCUGCAGGCAGCUGGAAGCGGUGCUGAGACGCCACAGGGAGCCCAAGCAGUGGACUGUGGUCGUCUUGAAUGGACAGGAAUUUCUUCAGCGGAAUUCCGAUGUGCAGAUGGUCGAAGUGGAGCCCAGCGAUAUGAAUGAUGCGAUCGACUUAACUCUCCAGCACCCGUCUUCUGUGAGCGAGAUCCAUCCCGAGGGAAGCCAGCAGAUGAACCAAACUGUGCAGGACCCAACGAGGGGACCGGGAGAGGAAGCCCUGCCAGCGAUCGUUCCUGCAAGCAGAGACCCACAGGGGCUGAGCCCCAAGCCAGACUUUCAAGAGGAGGACGUGAGGGCAGACAGACAAGAGGCGACAGCAGUGGAACCGGCAGAGCUGUACCUUCCGGAGGGUCCCGAUUUUGGUUGUGCAGAGGAUGGGGAGAGCCCCCAAGAAGAACUUCCUGUUGAAAACACGCACGCCGACCCAUCUUCCACCCCAGUUUUGGAGGGAGAAGCUUCAACACCACGUCCAAGACAUUCCAGAAAGCGACGGAACAGCAGCCCCACCUCGUCAAGGGAGCAAGGAGGAGCCACCCAGUCUGAAAGCGGAGAAAUCCCAAGACAGGUUGGAGUGAAUCCAUCUGAUGCACCCAGCGCUACAAAACCAGUCAGUUCUGCUCGCCAAAAUGCAGCACUGUAUCAGUGCUCUGACUGCCCCAAGAGCUUUAACUACAGGUCUCAGUUUGUCAUACACCAGAGGACACACACGGGAGAGAGGCCUUACCAGUGUGAGUCCUGUAAGAAGGGCUUCAUGCAGGCCUCAGACCUUCGAGUCCACCAGCGGAUCCACAGCGGCGAGAAGCCCUACAUGUGUGAAGUCUGCAGCCACAGGUUCACUCACGAGGCCAGCCUGCUCACUCACAGGCGGAUCCACACCAACGAGCGGCCGUACAAAUGUCAGUACUGCGACAAGUGCUUCAGCCACAAGGGGAACCUGAACGUCCACCAACGCAUCCACACCAACACGAAGCCCUACCGGUGUGACACGUGUGGCCACACCUUCCGGCAGCUGGGGACUUUCAAGCGCCACACGAAGAUCCAUUUGAAAGCAGAGUCCCAGGAAUCCGGUCUUGGGCCUCAAAGCCAAUGAUAAAAUGGUGUGAUGUGAGCUUAUGGCACACAGCAGAAGCUGUGUGAAGUGUUAGUCUCAGGCCGGCGCCGCGGCUCACUAGGCUAAUCCUCCGCCUUGCGGCGCCGGCACACCGGGUUCUAGUCCCGGUUGGGGCGCCGGAUUCUGUCCCGGUUGCCCCUCUUCCAGGCCGGCUCUCUGCUGUGGCCCGGGAGUGCAGUGGAGGAUGGUCCAAGUGCUUGGGUCCUGCACCCCAUGGGAGACCAGGAUAAGUACCUGGAUCCUGCCAUCGGAUC